UCUUCUUCCACUGGCUUAAAAUGUAAUGCAUCUUUUUCUCCCCUCCACCCCUUUUCUUUCUCCCAGAGUCCAACAACUGUGAAUUGCCUCUGUUAACCCCAUGCAGCAAGGCUGUGAUGAGUCAGGCCUUGAAAGAUACUUUCAGUGGUUUCACAAAGGAACAGUGUCGGCUGGGUAUCCCAAAUAAUCCCUGGCUGUGGACUGAACAACAAGUUUGCCAGUGGCUUUCAUGGGCUACCAAUGAGUUUAGCUUGGCAAAUGUGAACUUCCACCAGUUUCUUAUGAGUGGCCAAGACUUGUGCAACCUGGGCAAGGAGCGUUUCCUGGAACUGGCACCUGACUAUGUGGGUGAUAUUCUGUGGGAACACCUGGAACAGAUGAUAAAAGACAGCCAAGAGAAAACACAGGAUCAGUAUGUGGAGAACUCUCAUCUCACCUCUGUUCCUCACUGGGUCAGCAAUAAUUCCUUAACUGUUAAUGUAGAUCAGAACUCCUAUGGAAUGCAAAUGCCUGGAUACCCUAAAGCCCUCAGUUAUCCCAAACCCAGCCUCCUGACUGACGUCUGUCAGACUUCCACAGCACCGAAUCUCCUCAACCCAGAACAAGAGUUUUCAUUGUUCCCUAAAGCCCAAGCAGAUGCUGUUGGUGUGAACUACUGCACAGUAAACCAGGAUUUCCCAAGGAACAACCUGAAUUUGCUGAUGGAUAAUUCUGGUAAGCUGAGAGAACACGAGUCCAGUGACAGCGGUGCAGAAAGCUAUGAAAGCUCAGAUUCCAUGUUGCAGUCCUGGAACAGCCAAUCUUCCCUGGUGGAUUUACAGCGUGUGCCAUCCUACGAGAGUUUUGAGGAUGACUGUAGCCAGUCCUUGUGCCUGAGCAAACCUACAAUGUCUUUCAAAGACUAUAUUCAAGAAAGGAGCGAUCCUGUGGAGCAAGGGAAACCAGUUAUACCAGCAGCCAUCCUGGCUGGCUUCACUGGCAGUGGACCUAUACAGCUGUGGCAAUUCCUGCUGGAAUUACUGACUGACAAGUCCUGUCAGUCAUUCAUUAGUUGGACAGGAGAUGGAUGGGAAUUUAAACUUGCUGAUCCAGAUGAGGUGGCCCGGCGGUGGGGGAGGAGGAAAAACAAGCCCAAGAUGAACUACGAGAAGCUGAGCCGGGGCCUGCGCUACUACUACGACAAGAACAUCAUCCACAAGACGUCGGGCAAGCGCUACGUGUACCGCUUCGUCUGCGACCUCCACAACCUGCUGGGCUACACGGCCGAGGAGCUCCACGCCAUGCUGGGCGUCCAGCCCGACACCGAGGACUGAGCCCCCCGCCCGGGGAGAGAGGGGGGGGAAAGACCACCUGGUGUGGGGACUCCGUGUGGGAAGGGAGCCUGUUCUCCCGCCUAUGCUCCGGCCGGGACGCCGCUCUUGGGGGAAUCGGGACCUCGGCGGGCGCGAGAGCCGGAGGGAGGUUUUGGGCCUCUGGGUGUUGUCGGUCGGCGCAGCCCCCUGGAUCUGCGGCGGGGACACGGAAAACGCUCCGGGAUGCGGCGUUCCCGCCGCGCCGAAGGCGUUUUUGGCUACUUUAACGCCGCCCUGGAAAUAAAGGGGUGGCUUUAAAACCAAAGGUUGGGGGUGUGAGAGAGCAGCGAUGCAGCAGGAGUGGUGUUGCUCAGAUGUUUUUAAGGCGCCGUCACCGCUUAACGUCUCGCGUCGUGCAUCUUUUGUCGCGUUAAGGUUAUCGCUGCAUCUUUAUUUAAAAAACGAAAAGCUAAUUUAUUUGAAAACGAGCAGCGAGGAGACCGAUAGUACUUUUGUUUUAAAGCACGUUUUAUUAAUAUUGUUAUUGUUGUUAUUACUGCUCCAGGAAUGUGCUGCACAGGUACAUAAGCACUCCGUGUCCGAAACCAGAUGUAGCAACUGUUAACAACAAAAAAAA